GGUGAGUGCCCUAUUGUCCAAUAGCAGAACGUGCAGGCAAGAUGGGAAAGAGACGAUCAAGGGUGAACAGCAGUCAUUGAAAUGUAUUCAUAAAUUAUCAUUAAUAAUAAUAAUUAAAUAUAUCACAUAAAUGUAUUACUUUGAAUUCAAUUUACAGGUUGACACAUUUCAGUUCAAUUGUGAUUGGACCAAAAAAAACAGAAAUCCACUAAAGUCAAUGACACACUUUGAAAUGAAGACAAUAGAUAGUUGGAAAGAAAUGAUUUGCAUUUUAUGCAAGUUGUUAAUGUAGAAGACCUUGAAGGCUUCUAACCCCACUUAUGGACGCAAAAACACAAGUCUAAUAAUAUUAUGUAACACGAUCGUCUUUACUUGUCAUUGGUUGUGGAAACGCGUCACUGGGUUAGCACAGUUGCUGUUCACUCUUGGUUGACUCUCAAAUUGUCUAGAUCGUCAGUUCUCUGUCGCAUAAUGGUGUUGGAAAUGACUGACUACAUGGUAUUUUUUGCAUGGAAUGCUCAACAAGGGUAUUGGCUGUCGACCCCUCCCAAUCUCCCUCUGCCUCACUUAUAGUUUCUGUCCUUCGUUUGUUUUACUGACCUUGGCCCCCCCCCCACCCCUUUCUCGAUAUACUACUCUUGAAUUUUAGCACAACACCUGCCUUGCAUGCCGACGGCGGGGCUUUUCGGGUUUCCUGUUACCGUGCAUGUGAACAAACUGUUUAACCUAACAACUGGCUGCAUAUCUGCAAUAGCGUUUGUCAUCUGUUUUUGUGCCAGGCGCUGGCUUUUCUCUUUUCCUUGCACUUUUUCUUUCAAGAGAAAAUUGGCAAAGACAUUAAGUGCUUAAGUGAUUGGCCUUUUAAAAAAAAAAAUGUUUACGGCGUUCAGUCUUCUGCCUUCAGUUCUCAUGCUGCAGACUAGUUUUUCGAGUGAAACAUAAUUUGAAAUGACCGACUGUAGUGAGUGGCUGGAUCUCGCAUCAUAAUUCCAUCCAUUUGUUUCCUUUCAAUGAGAUCAUCUCAUCCUCAAGGAGAUGCUUGCACAGCUUGUUAAAGCAUGCGUCCCUGUUUGCUAAUGAUGUCAUUCGUCUUAACUCCCGAGUUCCAUUUGUAGCCACGCGGGGGCAGCAAAAAUACGUGGUUAUAAAAAUGUCACUUUCGCCAAUUUUGGAGGAAAAGUGUGUAUGCAAAGAACUGUCCUGUGAGCAGAGCAUUGGCAAGUCUAAACAGGAGUGCUCAGCCUUAUUUCUGUCUUAAUACAAACAGAAGUUUUAAGAGACAUCCAUACUGUCACUGGACACUCAUGACUGUCAUCUGGUACAAAAAAAUCACUCCAAGUGAUGAGAAUCGAAAUUGUCUCCACUCAAGAUAUCAUUUGCAUUUGUACUAUUUUGGUAAACCAGUCAAACUUGUCAUUUGUUGUCAAAGUUUUAUUAGUUCCCGUCCCAGCGUGUGUCUUGUGUGAGUGUUCACUCCAAAGGACAAAUAUGGAUUCAUCUCAUUUAGCGACACGGCUCAUUAAGUACGUUUACUGUAAGCGUCAAAGGUACAAGUUAGCAUCAUUUUAUGUUUUCAUUGUUGUCCUUCAUCGCAAAGGUCUUGGGACGAAGACUCACCGGAAUUUGUCUUGUUUUAACCUGCACCAAUAGGAAACCAAAAUACUUUUCGAUGCAUGCUCAAUUUGGCGUUGUUUCUAUUUGUCCCUUCAUAUUUGCUUCCAGUAUUUUCAGGCAUUUUAUUGUUGUUCUAAUCUUUCUGUCUCUCUUGUCUGUCCCUUUAACAUUAAUCGCCCCUCUUCAAACCCAAUGUGCAAAGACUACCAAGUUUGCUUAUGUAAACGCAGUUCAUGCAAAAACUACCAAAAUGGUGCGUGCGUGUGUGUGUGUGUGUGCGUGCGUCAAUAUGACUCAAUAGCCACUCGAGGCGAAGAAGAUUUGUAGAAAGGGACCACUACGCUGUCGUUAUCCUCGUCCGUCGCCCGUUCGACUUGAUCUGCUUUGAACAACUGGUAGCGUCAAAUCCUGCACAAAAUGUCUCAGACGGAAAUCAACGUGGCGUCCUCUCGGGGGAAGGUGCUCACUUUGGACACUAUGAACCCCAACAUAAAGCAAGUGGAGUACGCGGUUCGUGGUGCCAUCGUGCAGCGGGCAGUGACGCUUGAGAAGGAACUCAAAGCGGGCGCCAAGAAACCUUUCACUGAAGUCAUCAAGGCCAACAUCGGCGAUGCCCACGCAAUGGGCCAGAAGCCCAUCACAUUUCUAAGACAGGUGUUGGCAAUGUGCGCUUAUCCGGAGCUCCUAAAGGACAGCGCAUUUCCAGAUGACGCCAAGCAACGGGCACGGCGGAUUCUCGAGGCUUGCGGAGGUCAAAGCAUAGGCGCGUACAGCGCCAGCCAGGGAAUCGAGUGCAUUCGUCAGGAUGUGGCACGCUACAUCGAGAAGAGAGACGGCGGGAUCCCGUCCAGUCCGGACAACAUCUUCCUUUCCACUGGGGCCAGCGACGCCAUCGUGACCAUGCUGAAGUUGAUGGUGAGCGGCGAGGGUCGCACCCGUACGGGGGUGAUGAUCUCCAUCCCUCAGUAUCCUCUGUACUCGGCCACCCUCGCCGAACUGGGUGCAGUGCAGAUAUAUUACUACUUGGAUGAGGGCAAGUGUUGGAGCCUGGACGUGGCGGAGUUGAGAAGGUCCCUCCAAGCGGCGAGGGAGCACUGUAAUCCCCGUGUGCUCUGCAUCAUCAACCCCGGAAACCCCACUGGUCAGGUCCAGAGCAGGCAGUGCAUUGAAGACGUGAUCCGUUUUGCGAAAGAGGAGCACCUCUUCCUCAUGGCUGAUGAAGUCUAUCAAGAUAACGUGUAUGCUGAAGGCUGCAAGUUUCACUCCUUUAAGAAAGUUCUCUUUGAGAUGGGACCAGAGUACUCGAGUACUGUAGAGUUGGCCUCCUUCCAUUCUACCUCCAAAUGCUACAUGGGAGAGUGUGGAUUCCGUGGAGGAUAUAUGGAGGUAGUUAAUAUGGACCCGGAGGUGAAGGUUCAACUUCUCAAACUGGUUUCAGUGCGGCUAUGUCCUCCCGUCCCUGGGCAAGCUCUCCUUGACUUGGUGGUGAAUCCUCCUCAGCCUGAUGAGCCCUCUUACAACACUUUCAUGAAGGAACGUACUGCAGUGUUGGACGCCUUGGCAGAAAAGGCAAGGAUGACUCAGGAGAUGUUCAACGCAGUACCCGGUAUCACAUGUAACCCUGUGCAAGGCGCCAUGUACACGUUCCCCCGCAUCACUCUACCUCAGAGGGCAAUCGACAAGGCCAAGGAAGAAGGUCUUGUGCCUGACAUGCAUUACUGCAUGAGGCUAUUGGAAGAAGAGGGCAUCUGCCUUGUGCCAGGUAGCGGCUUCGGGCAGAGAGAGGGAACUUUCCAUUUCAGGAUGACCAUCCUACCACCGACUGAGAAAUUAAAGAUUGUGCUGCAAAAAAUCAGUGCCUUCCACCAACGCUUCACUCAAGAGUUUUCUUAACCGUUCCAAGUAGCACCCUUCGAUAAGUGCCUUUAUCCGAACAAGUAGCAUCAAGAUCGUAAUUUUUGCAUCAUUAGUAUUUGUAGUUAUUAGAAUAGCUUAGUUCAUAAUGCAUGAUGCACUUUCCUAAACAGUAACCUUGCCAAAUAAUUGCGCAAAAUGCCACGAAGAAAUGCUUUUGUCUUGUAGUGUAACAAUCAAACACAGGUGCCAACUGGAACAUAAAAAGUGCUUUUCAAAUGUGAUUAAAACACUUGUAACAUUUGCUUUUUAUGGUACAAUUAAAAUGAGCCACGUUAGAGUGUUGGCCAACAAAGA